CUCAUUUUAAAAAAGUUGCCGCACAACUUAAAAUUCUUCUCCGAUGUCGUACUGAACACGUGUUGUAUCAUAAUUACGACAUUAAAUACAUUAAAUAAAUGAUUACUAUGAUUACCAAUCGAAGUCAAAUAUGUAUAUAUAUGAACAUUUCCGGAUUUUUUUUUUUUCAAAAAGUAAUAAGAUCAUACUUUUUUUCGCAAAUUUUUUAUUCUUUGCCAAGUUUUUAAACAUAAUCUUGUUAUCGAAUCUCAAUAUUAAUUAUUAAUUAUGCUUUCAACUAUUCCUACUUUUACAUCAUAUUCUCCAAGACGUACUUUGCGCAGUAAGUUGGUUGAAGUUAAAGAAGUUGAAGUAGUUGAAGAAGUUGAAGAGAUGUUUGCGGGGUUUAGCAGAACUGACACGGAAAAUGACAACGUUAUUAACGAAGCGAAUGAAGAAGAAAAAAAGUGGUGGGAUGAAUUAUCCUACGAAAAUAUUGAUAAAAAAAGACUACCUUUGCGUCUGACAAAAAAUGUAAAGUUAGAAGAGUAUAUUGAAAAAUCGGAAAUUGCGGAUGCAGGAAAAUUUUGGAAUUUCGAUGCGGGCAAUGUAACAGUAGUUGAGCUGCCUAAUCCAGACCAUGAAGUUGCACAUACACAGUUUACUCGGCAGUUUCUAUCUGCCUUUAGCAAUGUAGCAGUUCAAGAUGAUGUCGAUAAUAUUGCAGGAACCAGUUGCAUUGAUGGUGCAUCCGCUAAGCAACCAGAUGCCGCGUUUGUACCUGUUAGAUUACCAAAACCAUCUCCAUAUCCCUGUGACCUUCAGGGCAAUCCUUGGCCAACAAUUGUUUGCGAAGUUGCAAACACUCAAAGCCUCUCCAGUAUAUUCCAAAAAGUUAACGAAUUCUGGCUAAGACCAAAUCGCGCAGAGGACGUAAUAGUACUUAAAUUAUGGCCUUGGAAUGGCUUAAGAAAUGCAGGCGGUAAUCCUUUACGCCGCUUAACUUGUUAUAAGUUUUGUUGUCGUUUAAGCCGUCAUCUACGAAGUGGAUAUCGACCUAUAAGAGUUAUCGAAUUUGGAACUAUAGAUUCCCAACAAAGACCAAUUAAUAAUUGCUCUGCACGGGGAAUGUGCAUUUUAAGAAUAUCCCCAUCCUGUAUUUAUUUGAGAUGUCCCGGUACACCACCAUAUCCGUUAACUAAUGACGUAUCGAUCGAUUUGUAUAAUAUUCAGCAAGCAAUUUUCAGAAAAAUGUAAAAAUUGAAAUUGCUUUUUAAAAAAAUAUUUUAAAUAAGAUAUAAAAUACAAAAUACAUUUUUUGAUAGUAAAAUAUAUUUUUAAUAUUUUUAUAUAUUACUCUAACAGUAAUUUGACUAAAUUUCUUUGUAUAAUCUAACAAAUGGU